AUGCUGUCUCGACUUUGUGAGCAGCAAGCAGCAAUUGGAGCUGUUCUUCAUUCUCAGAGAGAAUUACUUCAUUUGGAGCAUACUCCCGUAGAAUGGCGCUUAAUAGAAGAUUUUCUAGACCUUUUGAAACCAUUUAAAGAUGCAACUACUUAUCUCAGCUCACAGAGCUAUCCUACUUCAUCUGUUUUGGGUCCAUUGUUAGUAAAAAUGAAGGAUAAAAUAAAGGUUAGCUCUUCUGACUCACAAAGCCUUAAAUCUGUUAAACAAGCAAUUGGAAGAUAUUUAGAUGAAAGAUACCAAGAUCCUGCAGUUCGAUUAGUUCUUAACAAAGCAUCUUUCUUAGAUCCUCGAAUGAAGACCCUACCUCACUUAUCUCCUGGCGAACAAGAAGAAGUGCUAGAUUCUUUAGUAAAUGAAAUUGUUACUUUAGGAACCUCUAAUUCUCACCCACCUGAUGCAGAUUCUACUAGUGAACAAGAUACACAGCCACCAAGUGCUAAGAAGUCGGCCUUAGAGAAUAUUCUUGGUGAAGAAUUUUUUACUACUACCUGUGACGAGGAAUUAUCAUCGGCUACUACAGUUUCCUUAAAUGAACUUAUUUUAAGUGAACUUAGUCGUUUCAAAGCUGAACCUUUAUUGAAGCUUCAAGGUGAUGUCUUGCUGUGGUGGAGGCAACAUGCUAUGUCAUAUCCCAAUUUAUCAAAGAUGGCAAGAAAGUACCUGGGAAUAGUAGCGACAUCCGUUCCGUCUGAAAGGCUUUUUAGUGCUACGGGAAACAUAGUAAACGCAAAAAGAUCUUCACUGGACCCAUUUAAUGUAGAGAAACUAGUUUUUUUACAUGACAAUGCACCUAAAAUUACUUCCUUACAUUACAAAAGAAUAAAUUAA